UUCAUUUCGUCCAUAUCGAACAAUUUGUUGGGCGAGUCGCUUGUUCGAAUGUCUUGCAAUCACUUGUCAAACUUCCCUCGAAUCAUGGCUACGGCAGCCGCCAAACUCGAUGAACUGCAGCUUGCAGAAGCCAUUCCACAUGGUUUCAAGCGAAGGGAACCCAAGAUUAGGCAGGAUAGUACCAUGCUGCAAGCGUUCGACAACGAGAGCCUAGACACCUUCCUUGCCCGGGUGAGACCGUCGGAAGAAUUCGCCGCGGUGUUAUCACCAGUGUCGCAAGAAGGCUCGUGGCGAUGGAUUUGGGUUCCAGGUCCACAACGUGCCGAUCAUCAAAUCAACGACGAAACGAGGCUCCAAUGCACUGCAGAAUUGCGCGCCAUCGUCGACGAAUGGUCAGACCGACUGGAGAUUCUCCCUCCACCCCUAGUCCCCACAGAAGCACGCAAGGUUUCUGCCAACAUGUUCUCCUUAGCUAAGCGCUGCAACUAUGGCUCGGGAAGGCUCUUGCUGUCAGUGGACUCGAACCAGGUGGACGAUGCGUGGGAAGCUGUUGCGCGAGCGACUGUCCAAGGCAAGUUGGGCUGCAGUGCCAAAGUGUCCACUCGAACUACGAGCGACCAGCAUGUCCUUUGCGUAAUGCUCGACUGUUUCUGGGACGAAGCCAACGUGCGGGGCGUCCUCGAGCAGCUCUCUUCGCUUGGACUGCACGUCACAGCAUUCAAGCCAGAUAUAUUUUCCGUCCUGAGGACCCACGACCUCAAAGCACUCCAUCUCCAUAGUCUAUUGUAUAAUACCCCUACGCCGUAGUGCGAUCAAUAUAUCUCGUCCAUGCAUAUUCCCGUGUACUAGCUAUGGGGCAUUGGCGAAGUACAGUAUUAGAUGUAACUACCGGUACUAUAGUUAACAGCUACAUGGC